AUGAACAACAAAUAUAGUUUUCCUGCAGACCAGGCAACACUGGAGGCCAUCAAAAAGAAACACUCCAUGUUUCGAAAGGCGGCAUCAAGUAAAGACAUGGAAGUUAGAAACCAGUAUAAUAAAGCUAGAAAUAAAGUAAGGAAAUUAACCCGUAAUUCAAGGAAAGAGUAUGAAAAAAACAUUGCAUUAAAAGCCAAAACGGAUCCUAAAGCAGUUUGGAAUUAUAUCAAAUCUAAAUCAACAACAAAGUUAGAAAUCGGAGAUUUGUAUACAAAGACCAACGACAAAACCUCAACAAAAGUAUCAUCAGAUAUAGGGAAAGCGAAUAUACUCUGUAAAUUCUUCAGUAGUGUAUUUGUAAAGGAAGAAGAUGAAGUAACUCCACAACUAAACCAACGGGAAGUUAUUGAGGAAAUGACAACUCUGAAUAUUACAAGGGAGAAAGUAUUUAAACUACUGAUCAACCAAAACCCGGAAAAGUCACCUGAACUGGACGAACUCCAUCCAAUGUUUCUCAAAAAUACUGCCUCGUCAUUAUCAGGGCCUUUAACAACAAUAUUCAAUCAAUCACUAUCAACAGGAACUCUACCAGACGAUUGGAAAAAAGCCCGUGUGUGUGCUAUCCAUAAGAAAGGCGAUAGAAGUGAAGCAGGCAACUACAGACCAGUCAGUAUAACAUAG